CUCUUUCGCCGCGGCCGUCCGAGAGGGCAGCCGGCCGGUCGCUCUCCAGGUCGCUACCUCCCAGCUGCUGUCGCCGCCUAUGCCGCCGCCGCCGCCGCUUCCUUAGCGCUGCCAGCCGCUCCAGAGCCAGCGCGGGUCACGUGAGUUCGCCCGGCCCACAGAGGCGGUGGCGCAGACAGCGACCCCGAGGCCCGCCUCCCAGCACCAAAGAGGGGCAGGAAGGAGAGUCCGCCAGCCGCGGCCCGCCCGCCGGCUCCUCAAACAGCCCCUCGCCGGUCCUCCAAUCUCCCAGCGAGAAGAAAGAAAGAGCGUCCCCGGAAACCACCGAAACGCUGGGGUAGAGCGGCACAUGUUUUGCCUCUUUGCCGGUCCUCCUCGGUGACCGUGCUCCUGCGCGAAAGGACCUUGGGCUCCCCCUCUGCCCGGGCGGCCAGCGGGAGCUAUACGAAGCUGCAGUGGGGAAGUCGGCGGCGUUACGUGGCAUUGACCCAGAGCUCUGAGACUCCUCAGCACAAUGACUCAAGCAGAAAUUAAACUGUGUUCUUUGUUGCUGCAAGAGCAUUUUGGAGAGAUCGUAGAAAAAAUUGGAGUCCACCUAAUCAGAACUGGCAGCCAGCCACUAAGAGUUAUUGCCCAUGACACAGGAACAUCGUUGGAUCAGGUAAAAAAAGCCCUUUGUGUCCUCAUCCAGCAUAACCUGGUGAUAUAUCAGGUGCACAAACGUGGUGUGGUAGAGUAUGAAGCCCAGUGCAGCCGGGUGUUGCGAAUGCUUAGGUAUCCCCGGUACAUCUAUACUGCCAAAACGCUGUACAGUGACACUGGUGAGCUGAUUGUUGAGGAGCUCCUGUUGAAUGGCAAGAUGGCAAUGUCAGCUGUCGUGAAGAAAGUAGCAGAUCGGCUCACAGAGACUAUGGAGGAUGGCAAGACCAUGGACUAUGCUGAGGUCUCAAACACAUUUGUGCGACUAGCAGACACACACUUUGUGCAGCGUUGCCCCUUGGUGCCUGCCACUGAGAAUUCAGACCCUGGGCCACCGCCACCUGCCCCCACUCUUGUCAUCAGUGAAAAGGACAUGUACCUGGUUCCUAAACUGAGCUUGAUAGGGAAAGGUAAAAGGAGGAGAUCAUCUGACGAAGAUGCAACUGGGGAGCCCAAGGCCAAGAGACCAAAACAUACCACAGAUAACAAAGAGCCCAUUCCAGAUGAUGGGAUUUAUUGGCAGGCCAACCUUGACAGAUUCCACCAGCACUUCCGUGACCAAGGCAUUGUCAGUGCAGUUGCCAACAGGAUGGACCAGACAAGCAGCGAGAUCGUGCGGACCAUGCUCCGGAUGAGUGAGAUUACCACUUCCUCUAGUGCCCCCUUCACCCAGCCAUUGUCUUCCAACGAGAUCUUCAGAUCCCUACCUGUUGGCUAUAACAUCUCUAAGCAAGUUCUUGAUCAGUAUCUCACUCUGCUGGCAGAUGAUCCACUUGAGUUUGUUGGAAAGUCUGGCGACAGUGGUGGAGGAAUGUAUGUCAUCAACCUACAUAAGGCUCUAGGAUCUCUAGCCACAGCCACUCUGGAGUCAGUCAUACAAGAGAGAUUUGGGUCUCGCUGUGCCAGAAUAUUCCGUUUAGUUUUACAAAAGAAACACCUGGAGCAGAAACAGGUAGAAGACUUUGCAAUGAUUCCAGCAAAGGAGGCAAAGGAUAUGCUUUAUAAAAUGCUCUCAGAAAAUUUCAUAUCACUCCAGGAAAUUCCCAAAACACCAGACCAUGCGCCAUCCAGGACCUUCUAUUUAUAUACUGUGAACAUCCUGUCAGCUGCCCGAAUGUUGCUGCACAGAUGCUACAAGAGUGUAGCCAACUUGAUAGAAAGGAGGCAAUUUGAAACCAAAGAAAACAAGCGUCUACUGGAAAAGUCUCAGAGGGUAGAAGCCAUCAUUGCAUCUAUGCAGGCUACAGGUGCAGAGGAGGCACAGCUACAAGAAAUAGAGGAGAUGAUCACAGCCCCUGAACGCCAGCAGCUAGAGACCCUGAAACGUAAUGUCAACAAGUUGGAUGCCUGUGAGAUCCAGGUGGAUGAAACCAUCUUCCUGCUGGAGUCAUACAUCGAGAGCACCGUGAAGAGACAAUGACCCAGAAGAAGAGUCUUCCUCAGAAGAUCUGAGGGGAUUGGAAGGAAGAAUAAAGGAGGUGCCUAGAUGCAUUCUUUGCAGUAGGAUAAGUUCCGGAUUCUUGUACUGAAACCCUCUCUCUAUCCCUACCACCCAGAAUACACCAGAAAGAGUUUGACAUA